CUACGUAAAUAUGGUUAUAUAAGAAAUGAUAACCCUCAAGCCAGUACUAUACGACGAUUAGAAGAUUACCAUGCAGCCAUUCGAAACUUUCAACAAUUUUACCGCUUGCCAGAAACCGGUCAAAUGGAUGAGGAGACCAGUCGGUUAAUGUCCUAUCCGCGAUGCGGUAUGCCGGAUGUUAUCCAGCGAGGUGAUGAGGAUCAAACCCGGUUCAAGAGAUACUCCGAUUCUGGGGAUAAGUGGGAUCAUCAAGACGUCACAUAUAGAAUAUUGAACUUCACCCCCGACCUCACGGAAGAGGAAAUCGUCGAUGCCAUCGAGCGCGCUUUUAAAGUCUGGAGUGACGUCACACCACUGACCUUUCGUCGCGUAUACAACGUGCCCGGCGACAUCCAUAUACAGUUCUCUGAAUACGACCAUGGUGACGGUGUCGCCUUUGAUGGCAAUGGCGGUACGCUAGCACACGCCUACUUCCCGGGUAAUGGUAUCGGCGGCGAUGCCCACUUCGACGACAGUGAAAUAUUCAGCGUUUUCUUGUCUGACGAUGAUAAAGUCGAUCUGUUCAUGGUGGCAGCUCACGAAUUUGGCCAUAGCCUGGGCUUGGGACACUCCUCCGAAAUUCAGGCGUUGAUGGCGCCCUUCUAUAUAGCCUACGAUCCAGAGUUCAGUCUUGGAUAUGAUGACCUCCAUGGGAUACAGUCAAUUUAUGGUAUAAACUCUGAGCCUCGACCAGGUGAUCGGUAUAUACCCCAACGUCCCCAACCCAGUCCACCGGAUCCAGAGGUUGAAAGAUGUAGCAAAAGCUUCAAUGCUGUAGCAUUCAUUAGAAAUGAAUUGUUUCUCUUCAAGGGUAAGAAUUUUUGGAGGAUGCGAGAACAAGGCAAGCCUCUAGAAGGGUACCCUGUAGAGAUGGGUCAGUUUUGGCACGGUCUUCCACCCAAGAUAGAUGCAGCAUAUGAGAGACAUGAUGGAAAAAUAGUCUUUCUAAAAGGUUCUCAUUAUUGGAUAUAUGAAGGAGUCGAUAUGGAACCGAAUUACCCACGUCCGCUCCAUGAACUCGGAUUACCCGCCGAUGUGGAUGGGGCUUUACCUUGGGGUCGGACCGGAAAGACUUAUUUCUUCAAAGGGGAAAUCUACUGGCGAUAUGAUGAGUACGAUAACCGAAUGGAUAAAGGUUAUCCAAAACCGAUCAAGGAAAACUGGUUUGGAGUGCCAAACAAUAUUGAUGCAGUAUUCAGGCACUAUGACGGUUAUUCAUGGAAUACAUACUUUAUACGUCAUCGCCGAUAUUGGCAAUUCGACGAAUCUCUAGGGCAAGUCGAUCUCGGUUUCCCGCGAAACUUUGGAGUCGACUGGAUGGGCUGCACAGAAAAGAACGAGGAGCUGGAUCCUCAGCCUGGUAAACUACGAGCUGAAGUAACCAUGAUCUCCACAACGACAUCAGAAAGCAGUGGUCCACUUACUUCUUCACUAUCAUAUCUAUGUUUAUGUAUAUCUUUAUUGUGUGCAUUAGUAUCAAUGAGAUCAUAGCAUCAUAGUCAUUCUAGAAAACUGGUUCGCUAUAAAUUAAAAACCAAUCCUAUAUAGGGUUACUGUUAUGACAGUAUAUGGGGACUCGUCUAGAUUUUGAUUCAAAUCUAUACAUUUUAGAAUUUAAUAUCUAAUAUUCCUUCAACAGAUAAGUGUUUUGAUUGAUUUUAAUUCUGUAAUUUGGAGUGUAAUUAUGUAGCUGCAGGCAUUGAUGUAUUAUUGCUAGGCUUGUAAUUUUGGGACAAAUGACAUUGUUUGUUUCUAAAUGUAUUUGACAAUCGUUUUGUGCAUAAAUUUUUAUUUUCUCACAUAAAUAAACUAUUUGUGUGCACUUUGAAUUGCCAUUUGAGAAGGGUAGUCCAGUCUGCAUACACUCUUAUUUCUGCGGAGUCAAAUUUGACUCAGAAUGGCGUCAGCUGGGAGUCAACUCCGACUUAUAUGAAGUGACUCGGAUUGUGAAAUUAUUAGACUCAGAAUGGUGUGCAUCAGCUGAAGAUCACUCAAAUGCGAGUCAAAGUAACACAGAAAUUAGUCACUUUGACUAAAAACAGAGUCAAAUCGUAGCUGCGUGGUGUCAUGCAAAGUAAAUUUUUUUUUCUCACCUUGAAGCACUAUUUUAAGUAAUAUUUCAGGGCAGGUGAAUUUGACUGUCUUCUUUAUCACGAUAUGGUCCUUGUCUGCUUUGGGACGAUUGUGUUUUCAUAUCACUUUAUAAUGUCAAAGUUUUCGAUUUGUUGCUAUGCUGUUUAUUGAUCUAAAAUCAUAAUUUUUUGUAUAUAUGUUUAUUAUUACUAUAUGAUUUUAGGAUAAAGAACAUGGAUGCUGUAUUUAAAAUAUCAGUACUUUAUAAUCUUCACUGUAAAAAAUGCUCAUAUUUUUAAGGGGAAACUUUCAUUCUUCCAGCCCAGUUUUUUGGUGAAAAUAGCAUAAAACUUACAAAAGACUACAUUUCAUAGUGAAAAUACCUCAAAAUUGGGCUGGUAAAAUUCAGACUUCUCCAGAGAAUGAUAUGGUCAUUUUGUUGUAGUGUUUAUGUAAAUGUUUAAUUGCUGCAAAAGAGGCGACACUUUUCUAUGAAAGUAAGCAUGGAGGGGAUCGGAUAAGGAGAAAAUGAGGAUAAGAGAAAUUGGAUAUGAUCAAAAUCAGAAGGGAAGAAAAUCGGUUUAACAAAGAAAAAGAGCAAUGAGAUGUUCAAGAUGUACGAAAACACACACCCAAAAGAAUUAAAAUACCGAGCCAUAUUAUGGAAGGUCAUAUUUAUAUUGAGAAAGGAUCAUAAACGUUCAAGCAAUUUGUUCCUUGCUGAUAAUAAACUAUUUUGUAAUAGACCUAUGAGCUUUCAACAUCAAAGUGAAUGAUUUUAUAGACGUGAUACAAUCUAAUAUUUUGUUCACUUAGUAAUUUACAGUUCUUAGUCUAGCUAUUUUAAUUAUAUAGCUCAAAAGGACCUUUGUCUUUUUUUUAUGAAAUAACUAUUGAUAUAUAACCGCAAAGAAACAAUUAAUGCUGAAAUAGGGUUCCAUGUUCCAAAUUUAAAACUCUUAAGAUGUGUAAAUGUUAAUUUUUGUACCUUGUAAAUAGUUUUUAAGUUUAUGUCAAAAGUUUACAGAUUGUACAUUUUUUUGUUCAGCUUUUCAUAAACCUCUUAUUUAUACUUGUUCAUUAUUUUACUGAAUGUAUAUAAUGUAUUUCGGACAAUUAUAUGUUGCCUUAUGAAAUGUGACGAAUUUUUUCAGCAGAAUGGUUGGUUUUUUUCUACUGUCAUGAUACAAAACAGGAGCAUGCCGUAAUCUGCCUCAUUGGAAUUUCACAAUUAAAAGGAUAGAUAAAGAAGCUUGUUUCUAUUGUAUCUAAGAAGCACUGUCUCGAACUAAAAAUAUAUCAAUAUGGCACAGGAUAUAAAGACAUGCUCAAAAUAUAUAUAUAUAUUUUUUUGUCUUAUACUUAAGAACAAAUGCAAGAAUCACAGAGGUCAAAAUCAAACAAAGCAAAACAGAAGCUGAAAUGAAUUGAUGAUUUACAGGUUCUGAGCUCCGAAUGGUUGUAUUAAAGACGGUAAAGUCAAUCUGCACAUAUUGCUCUCAACGAUCAACAUACAGUUGUUGAAUGUACAUCACAGCAGUAUUAUAAUAUUAUACAUUGAUUUAGUAUAUUCUAUCUACGAAUAUACGCGUGAAAUGGGACGAUAAUGUAUAAUCAAUAAAAAAUUUGAUCAGUAUUCGCAAUAAGUAUUUCCUUCACUAUGGCAUUGACAUACUGAACAAAAUGUCUUAUAUUUUUUUCUGGAAUUAGAUUCAUUUUUUGUCCAUUAAUUCAGUUGGUUUUGUUUCAAAUACAUGUACUAUAGGGAACAAGAGCUGAAGUAUUUGUUUGUUUUUUAAUUCUUAAUGAUUACAAAACAAACCAGUUGCAAAUUACAAUUUUGACCCCCAUGAAUAAUAUCCACCAAUCUGAUCAAUGUUUUUUUUUUAUAAAGCCCCAUUCCAAUAUCUUCAAAUUGUUCUAUCCUCUAUAAAAUGUAGUAUAUGACUUGAUGUAUUACAACAAACAUAUUGAAAGGAGUGAUAAUACAUUUUUCCUUGACUUGAACAAAAUAUGUUUAUACCAGUGCAAUGUUUAAGCAAAUUGCAAAUGGUGGAUUAAAAUAAAUCAAACUUGGUUCUAUUAGAUUGUCAUGUAUGUGUCUUCAUAGUGACGAUCAUGAUCUUUCUUGAAAGCCUUUUCUCUUCAACUUCAAUUUACUCUUCAUUCAAUACAAAAAUAUGUAAUCAAACUAAGAAAAAAAUACAUAAUGAACAUGAAAUGAAGCAAAAUUGAAGCAAAUUUAAUUAAUGAUAUGGGAACUAAACUAAUGUAAAAAAAAUUAUGUUUCUAUACAUUACAUAUAAUAUAAAUGCAGAAAAAGACAAAAAUAUAAUUGUCAUCUUUGAAAUUUGUUCAUUUCAUUCUGUGCAAAAGAGAGAGAAAGAAAGAGAGAAAUGCAGAGACAGAAGAAGCAGGAGGAGAAAAGAAAGAGGAGGAGGAGCAGGAGGGGGAAAAAUAAAUAGGAAAAAGAAAGUUGAGAAAUCGAAGUAAUAGUUUGGGAGGGGAGAUAAAGGGAAUGAGAAAGGCGGUAUAAUUAGGGGGACAGAGAAAGAGAGGGAGGGGCAAUUUAGUAGUAACUAUAAAUUUAUUUGUUAAUGGCAAAGGGAAAUUCCUUUGGAUGGUACGCUUUGUGAGAGUUUGUCUAAGAAAACAAACUGAGUCGGAAAAGCGGCGCCUAUCGUCUCUCUGCUAUGCAGGCAAGACAAAAACCAAGGGGCACCCCCAAGAGCAAGUGAGCAGGCAGGCAGAUGGAGAUAGAUCUAAAUAAAUAGAAACCCAACCCAAAAAUCAAACAUUAAUAGCAAUAUUACAAUUUUUGGCAGGCAUUAUAUUUUACAAAAAAAUAACAUUCUACAAAAAGAGGUAAAACUACCUCUCAGACACAUCAUUUUAUUUUCAGAUAUAUCUGAUAUAUUUGUUAAACUCCAAAUUAUCAUGAUAUCUUUAAAAGAAAAUAACCAAAAAGUUUUUUCAGACCUUGCUGUGAUCAAUGAAGUGUAAUUCACAAUACUUCAAUGGUCAAAAUUUAUACUUCUUCUUUUCAGAAAGAUUAGAUGAUAUCCUUUUGUUAUACAUUUAUUUGUAUCUAAAUUGU